AUGUCGAUUAAACGAACAAAUAGUCAGUCACAUAUAAAAAAUAAACAAAACAAUGAUUCUACAAUACGUUCAUCUGUUCGAUAUACGCUUCAAGAUGAUAAACCGAUUCAAACAAAAUUAUCAAAUACACAAAUCAGUAUAAGUAAUGGAAUUCUUCUUAAAAAAUCACAAAAAUUAAUACAGUCAUCAAAACAAAAACGACACAUUGCACCUGAUAAACUCAAACUAAUGCGUCAUGUCUUUACUACUAUUAUGCCUGUGGAACGUUUAAAUGAUGCGUUAUUAGCACUGGGUUAUGAUGCUCGAAAAGAUAUUGGUUAUCAAGACUUUUUAAUUGAACAUGAAUUGAUGGAAACAAACGGUACAUUCACUGGUUUAUUAGAUUUUGAACAUUAUGCAUUACUUGUGCUUGAAUAUGAAGAAAAAUUACGCAUAGAAGAAGAAGCACUUCGACAACUUGAUCUUAAAAUUGCUUUUGAAUGUUUUGAUUUAAACAAAGAUGGUAUGAUUGAUGCUAAUGAACUAUCUAUGGUUACUAAUAGUUUGAGAUUUUCUAUUACUGAUCGAGAAGCAAAAGAAAUGAUUGAAUUUGCUGAUUAUGAUAAAGAUUCUUUAUUAUCUUUUGAUGAGUUUCUUAUUGUCUUCACACAAAUAUCUGCAAUCAAUACCUCACAACAUCUAGAACAAUAA